GCGCGGACCCGCGGCACACCGGUCGCGCGCGCUAAUCGUUAAACUCGCAUGCACCCGCGUGAUCGUCCGUCGUUGCAGUCGUCGUCGUCUUCGUCGCCAUCAACGCGCAACCGGCUUUACGUCAACAGCACCAACAACAACAACAAAAACGACGACAAUCGGCAAUAAUUGUAGAGGAGAACGCGAAGACGUGCGGCGUAACAACAAUAAUAAUAUUAACAUUAAUAAUAAUAAUAAUAAUAAUAGAUAUCAUCAUCGUUUUAAUAUAACUAUGAUAUAAAUUAUAAAUUAUUGAUAUUAUACCGCCGGACGGUCGCGAGUUACUCGUCGGGGCACGCGGACACUCGCGUUACGCACACGUGUUAACCCUGACCGCGCUCAACAGAACGACACCGUCGUCGCAGCAGCAGCAGCAGCCGUCUCAGUUGUUCUGUGCAACGUUACCCAACGAUCACGACUCGCGCAAUAUUCAGAGUUCCCAACGUCAAUAAUAAUCAUAAAAUUAUAUAUUAUUUUUUGACAUUUCUGUUUAUUUUUUUUUCGAAUACAUUUUCGUUUUCGGCCGUUCUCGAGGCAGUAAAGAAAACAAACGAACGGCGCGAUGCAAUUUUUGACCGGUACAUCGCAGACGAGUGCCGGCGGCGGCGGUAUGUUCGGCGGCGCCGAUGGCGCGGAGCUGUACGCGGCCACGGCGUCGGCGCCUGACCAUUACUUUUGCCAGCGAAUGUUGUACGCGAUGCAGUUCGAUUCGGUGGCCGCGGCCGGCGCCGGUAUGUGUUCGCCGCUGUUACCGUCGUCGUUGUCGUCGCCGCCGUCACCGCCGUCGUCGUCGUCGUCGUCGUCGUCGUCGUCGUCGCCGUUAUCGUCGUCAUCGCCGUCGUCGUUAUCGUCGUCGUCCUCGUCGUCGUUGUCGUCGUCGCCGUUAUCGUUGUCGUCGCCGUUGUCGUUGUCGUCGCCGCUAUCGCUGGCGUUGACGCCGUCGAUCGGCGGUCGUUGCUUCACGACAACCGCCGCCGCCGGGGACGUGAAAAUGAUGGACGCGUGCCCGGCGUCACCGGCCAACGAUCAUCUCCAUCACCACCAUCUGCAUCAUCACCAUCUUCAGCUGCAGCAACAGCACGCGGUCGAGAACAGGAAACGUCCGUUGCAGGACACGUUGGACGGCGCUAACGUCAAGAGGACGCACAGUUCGUCCGUCGCAGGAAAUUCAGAUGGAAUGUAUCACAUGAAAAUUUUAAUUCCUUGUAUAACUGCUGGUGCCAUCAUUGGUAAAGGCGGGGAAACAAUUGCACAGCUACAAACAGAGACCAAUACUAAGAUAAAAAUGUCAAAAACAAACGAUUUUUACCCUGGCACGACCGAAAGAGUUUGCAUAAUAUCUGGAUCAAGUUCUGAACACAUAAUGGCUGCACUCACAUUUAUUAUGGAACGAAUCCGGGAAAAACCAGAUGCCUCAAAUAGGGUCCAAAAUUCCGGUGAUGCAAUCGCAGACCGAGAGAAACAGGUGAAAAUCCUGAUACCCAACUCGACAGCUGGUAUGAUUAUCGGCAAAGCCGGAGCGUACAUCAAACAGCUGAAAGAAGACAGCGGGUGUUUUGUGCAGAUAUCGCAAAAAGCGAAAGACACAACACUCCAAGAACGGUGCAUUACCGUGUCAGGUAACACGGAGGGAAACAAAAAAGUGUGCUCGUGCAUAUUGAACAAAAUAAUCGAAGAUCCGUUGAGCGCGUCCUGUCCGAAUUUAAGUUACGCCGACGUCAAUGGCCCCGUGGCGAAUUUCAAUCCGACGGGAUCUCCAUACGCCCUGGCCACAACUAAUUGCUCCAACAACCAGACCAGUUACAACUUAAAUGCCACGUCGUUAUCCACGCAGGAUGUCAGUAAUGGUAUAUUCACGAACAAAUUCUUAGACAACGUAAAGCCGUUAUUGAGGUCCAGUGGAUAUCCUGAAUCCGCAGUCAACGAAAUAGCCGUCGCCUUUUUGACGUUAGCCAAGCACAACGUACUUAGCCCGAACAGCAUAAUCGGACUGAUUAACCAGACCAGCAUCCUGCAACCGGCCCCGUCGGUGGCCCACCACAACGGCACUGGACUCCUGAGCACGGUGACAAACGACCUGUUCGAUCUGGGCCUGGCUGGCGGCGCCAUAUCCAUCAACGCGAUCCUGUCGCAGAACGCGGCCAGCCCGACGCUGUCCAACGCAAACUCUUACGGGCUGGGCGUAGCGGCAGCGGCGGCGGCCGCGGCCGCAGCCGCGUCCACGCCCAAGGCGAUGGGGCCGACGACGAACGCGGCGGCCGCAGCGGCUGCGGCUGCCGCGGCCGCCUUGUACGAGAUGACCGCCGACGACCAGCAGUCCGUCAAGCGGGAGAUGGACGUACCCGAGUCAAUCGUGGGCGCCAUCAUCGGCCCCGGCGGCCGGUCACUGGUCGAGAUCCAGCAGAUGAGCGGUGUCACCAUUCACAUAUCCAAGAAGGGCGUGUACGCGCCGGGCACCACCAACCGGAAGGUGACCAUAUGUGGGUCGGCCAGUGGCAUAGCGAUGGCCAACUACCUGAUGCAGCAGAGGAUCGUCGACGAGGAGACCAAGCGGGCCCGCGCCUUCUGAGCCGCAUGACGCGUCCGCGUCCGUUUUGCAUAUUAUAUAGUCUAAGUAUUACAAUAACUCGCCUUCUACGUAAUUUUCAUAUUCAUAUAUUAUUAUUCAUAUUAUUAUUAUUCAUAUUAUUAUUAUUAUUAUUAUUAUUUGUACUGUUGCUUCUUCCUCGACCCAUCCACAACACCACCAUCCAUUAUUACCUACCCCCCUUCCCACCCACUAACUUACAUCACCCCUCACCGUGUGUGUGUGUGUGUGUGUGUGUGUGUGUGUGUGUGUGUGUGUGUGUUGUGUACAUUAUAAUAAUAUAUUAUUAAACGGUAAACGGGUGGGCGUUUUGCUGUGGAAGAGUUCUUUAUUUCGGUCGUUUCGAUCAUUAUUGUUUUGAAUUUUAAAUUUUAAAUUAUCAACGCAAAUAGUCCGAGAUUCGAGCGGACGUCGAAAAAUUAGCGACGGGAUUCACUUGCCACAGUCAUAUUAUAAUUAUUGAUUCGUAAAAAGGUAUAAUAUUUUAUUAUAUAUACAUUCAUUGUUCAUGUGUGCCUUAUAUACAAAAAACAUUAUAUCCCAUCAUACAUUAUUACGCCUGUACAGUACAGGUACAAACGACCUUCGAAUGUUUUGUUUUUCCAUAGUAUAAUGAUUACUAUUAAUUUGUGUAUAAAAUAAUGAAAAUAAAAAACUGUUAUGGUCUGUUUGUUUCAUUAGACAGCGGCAACGACCAUAUUAUAUAAUUUAAUGUUAGAACAAAAGUAUGGGUACUGAACCAUGGAUAAAUUAAUUGAUUAGGUAGGUACACAAUUAUUAUAUUGAUUGUUAUUAUUAUUAUUAUUAUUAUUAUUAUUAUUAUUAUCAUUAUCAUCAUUAGAAUGUGUUAGGUGGUUUUUCGUAGGGGUCGUAUAUAGCUUACGUUUAAUGUUGAAUACGCUAGCAGAUUUAAUAAGUGGACCAAAAGUGGAUAAAAUUUAACGUGUUCGGUUGCCGAAAUGAAUACGUUUUUCACUGGGAAACGUUAUGAGCAGGGGCGGAAAAACGUUUUGGGGGUCGAAACGUUUCUAAUAAGUUAUAUUUUACGGUUUCCAUUUUCGUACACCUUUUCGAACGGCGCCGAGUAUUUUAUCAACAUUGUAAAUAUCACACGAAAUUAUUUAUUUUUGAAACGACAUCGUUCAGCCCACCCCCCCCCCUCCCCCGUUCAAAAAACUGUUUUUGUAUACAAUAUCUGCGGGUGCGUCGUAUACACGAGUAAUAAUAAUCAUUGUAUUCAUAAAUAAAUCCUAUUUUAGAGUUCAGCCCGUUGGAGUUUGUCGAGCUUGCAAUGAGCGGCGUGUAAGACUGAGUCGGUAAAAUACAACAAUAUACCAACUAAUGAGCACAACUAAUAAUGUAUAAACAUAGUUUUACUACGUUCGUCCGUGCAUUUUCCUCUGAUUAUUAUUUUAGCCAUACAUACCUCUUCGUCCCUUCGAAAACAUAUGUGCAGAAAUAAGAGGACUUGCGUAAGUGAUAUACGUUUUUUUUCUGAACAGGGUAUAAUAUAUUCUCGGGACGGCUCAAUAGUCAUUCAUAUUUAAAAUACACGAGUCAUAUAAAAAUGUAUUUAAUUGUAUGACGUUUUCGAGGAGGGGGGGGGCUCCCAGUAAACCAAUCAGUAAAAGCACUUAUACCAUGUAGGUGUAUGUACAUAUAAUACAUGAAUCUUUCUAAUAUAAUGAAUUUUCAUGUUUUGUUUUUGCUUUCGUUUCUUCGCAUAAUAAUUAUAAUAUUACCAUCGAGGCAUCGACAAGUCGUCCCCAACACAAUCCAUGUUUAUUCAGCUUAUUGGAGAAAAAAAAUAUUUUUAUUGUUUGAAAGUAAUAUUUGCUCAACAGAUCCCAACAAGUCGUAUAGUUAAUGAUUGCCGUAAGUCCGUAAACCAAUACUCAAUAUUCUAUUCAUCAGAUCCGUGGUCCGAGUAAACGGUUAUAAGAUUUGAUUCAUUUUUUCUUUUCUUUUUUUUUUUACGGAAUAAUGUGAUAUAAUAGUUAUGUUUUUAAAUUAUUGGUGUUAAAUGCAUUGGUGCUUUUUAAUUAUUAUUCGUACAAUCGUACAUAUAAAUAUAUUUCAUACGUAUAGGGUGGUAGAACUGUACUAUACAUCAAAUAUUAUUUCAGCAUGAAGUGCAUAUACAGUAUAUUAUGUUAUAUUA